AGCCCAUCUUGCGAGGAGAGUGCGGAAGGAGCGCAGAAGGGAGCUGUGCAAGGCGGCUGUGCAGGAGCCCCCAGACCCUGGCGGGUCGGGGGCAGGUGGCUGCUCCUGGGACAAGGUCCUGCAGCGCUCACAUCAGCCCCAGUCCCCUGUCCCUGCUGUGCACUCCAGCACCUCUGGACACCCCAGCAACUCAGCUCGGCUCCGGGGAGAGGGAAGGAGCACGCAGGCCGCGCUGAGAAGUCCUAAUCAAGCUUCUCCAGCCCCACUGUGUCACCUGCUCCUUGGCAGUGGUCAGCAGCCUCUUGUAGAAGCCCUGGAGGAAGCCUUUUGCCACAGUCCUGCUCAAUUUGCUGAAGAAGGGCCAUGUCUGCCUUUGAUCAGAGGAACCAGAGCAUGCAGCACACAGAGCCUGGGACAGACUGCAUCACGCCUCAGGUGAAGCCAAGGGGUGAGAUGUUUGUCUUUAUUGAUGGGAAAUGGGUGAAUGACCAUUGGUGCCAGCCACCCUUUUCUUCACACCAGAAACUCUUCAGCAAGAAGGCACAGAAUGAGUGGAGCAUCUGGGAGGAGAACAGAGCACUCUGGCAGGAAAACCAAAUCCUAUGGAUCAAAAACAGGAUGCUCUGGGAAGAAAACAAAGCCCUACAGUAUCUUCGGUCACAGAACAAAUCUGUCCAGGUAAUUUACACUGAUGCUAUUCAGAGAAGUCUCAAGAACAAAAAUAAACCUUUUCCACUCUUCCAAGAGAGGAGUACAGGCUUUCAGCUCAGCCUGGGCAACAAAGCUCUCCAGGCAGUCCAGGAAAAGAAUAAAAUAUUUGAAGAUUUCCAGCAGGAGAAUAAAGCACUCCCUGUUACCUGGAAAGGCCCAAAAGCCAUCACAGUCCAUGAAGAGAGCAAAGAUGCCCGCUCAGAUCUUCAGAACACCAUUGACACCAUUGCAGCUGUGGAAAAGAUUAACCCUGGCCCAGUCCCCCAGCAGGAAUGUGAAGGUAAAAGGAAAAGCACUACUCCAACUCAGAACAAGAUUGACUCUGCCCCAAGUACACCGGGAGAGCAUGAAGUUCUCAGAGUUCUCCAGGAGUUACAUGAGCUCCUCCACACCUUCCUUAAAACGAGCCAUCCUCCCGGGGAGAAACAGUGCUGUCACAACCUCUAUGACGUGAACAGAUCCUUCCAAGAAGAUUACAGCAAGCUGAAGCUGCAGCUGAAGGCUGUGAAAAACACUGUGUCAGACAUUACAGCUCAAAUGGACAUGCUGGAAAAGGAGAUCAAUGCCAUCACUACCCCAGUGUAUGAGGAAGCAGGACAGAAGCUGACAACUGAGCAUCAUCUUGGAGAUGUGUGAAGCUUGGGACUUAGAACUGCUAGUUCAUUUCCCAGAAAACUUCUCUCCUUUUUUCAGGAAACCUACUAAAAUCGCAAUAGAGCCUGUAGAUAUCUGGGAACAUCGUGUCCUUCUGAAACUUUCUUGCACUACUUAGAUAUAUUUCACCUUCUGGUUAUAUGGUGUAGGUGACUGUCAUGAAUUUGCCUAGUAUCAGGAAUCAUGUUUUCCAGCAUUUUUAUUUCAAAGUUUCUUAUAACAAGGCCUAGAUUUUCAGAAGGUUAUUGCUUGAGGAUCUCAAGUCUAAUUACAGAUCUCAACUCUGAUUACAGGGUGCCAGCUUGUAGUCCAGGGGUGCACUCACAAUCUCUGCUAAAAAAGCAUUGAUUAAUAAAGGAGGAUCUCUCGUCUCAGACAUCAUGGUGGAGGCAAGAGAAGAGAAUGGAGCAGGCAGCAAGACUUCUCCUGCACAGAGCAGUGAGGUCCCUCUCGAUUUCUUGGAUAGUCAGAUGAAGCAGGUUUUUACCUGCCCCAGAGCAAGAAGUAGGUUGCCAAAAGCAGCAUUUUGAUGGCUGUUCCAUGGCUUAAGUCAGUGUUUAGAAGGGCAUCUACUCACUGUAAUGGACCGGCCAGUCUGCAGUGAUCUGCUGACACAGGGGAUGAGAACCUUUUGAUCUGCUCAAGUUUGAAAUUCUGGUCUGGCCUCAAUUGUGUUGCCAGAGUGGCUGGAAAUGCAUUCCCUGUGUCUCGGACAGUCCGGAUGCAGUGCACCGUGUCACAAUCUUUCAGGCAGAAUAUGGGAGCCUGUAAGAAAUCUGACAGGACAGAUGCAGGGAGACUUGUGCAGAGCAAUUGUAGGAGCAUUACUGUUAAGCAAAGGAGAGGUUACAGUGAGGUUUAUCUCUUGCAACAGGACCCCAAAAGCAGGCUGUCACUCGAGUUUAAAAGUCUCGAAGUGAUUUGCCAUGGAAUUAUCUAAAGCAUGAACUAUCUUUCAACCUGUAUUUCACUCAGACAACCAUGCCAAGUGCAAGUGAUGACUGUUUACUUCAGAGGCUUAAAACAACAGGUAUUUUCUUCUGCUGCUCAGGCUUUGGGAUGCUGAGGCAAAUCUCUCAGGCAUGAAGUUAAAUGGCUGGCUCUCACUGGUGUGGGUAGGGCUGCAUCUAUGAAAAUCUGGUAGAAGAAGAGGAACAACGUUCAUUGAGAGGUGGACAUGUAGACAGCACGUUGCUCCUUCUUAAUGACUGGGUUACAGCUCUUAAUAGAUUAAUGCCUCAGUACUGUGCUGGGAAACAUGUUCAUGUUCGGUGCCUUCAGACACGCUGCUUUUCUCUAUUCCAUCUCCCUCACCAUGUUUGGUAAUAUGUCCAGUGUUACCAAAUAUUGAACAUAAUGUUUGGUAAGAGAGAGAAACAGGACUAUGAAGACCCAAAUGUAGAGGUUCAGAGGAGGGCAGCAGAAUCAAAAAGCUCUGACCAUGUGUUCAUAUCUUAACAAACUUAUUUGUGUUCCAUUAAAAGAAAUAAACUGCUCUUUUGCCAGUGGUCAGAAUACUAACUCCUGUCAUGUCCCUAUACAUGGGCAAGAAAGACACUUGGGAGUGCACCCUUCCAUCAGGUGUUUGGGAGGAGUCAUCUCAUCUAAUGUCAGGUGUCCAUCCAGGACAGGACAUCAGAUCACAGCUAGUCUCCCUGGGCUUCCUUUCUGUCCUGUAGGAAGGAAUGGGCAUGUUCAGGCUGUGAUUAAUCUUGCUCCUAUUAGACUAAAAGUAGGCUGUGUCACCAGCUGGAGUCCCUUGUUUCUCUCUGUUGCCUCUAUAAUUACUUUGAGGACAAUUAACUCCAACUUAGACAUUUGGUUUGGAGCUCUCUGAGUGAGAAACUUGGCAGUUCCAGACAGAGGAGAUGCUUCAUCAAGUGGUGAAGUGGCACAAGCUUGGGAGUGUGUCCCAGUCCCUGGCUUUGCUUUCUGUGCAAUGCCUUCAUUAAGCAGCUGAUUCAGAUCUCUCUAUUGUGUGGAGAAAUUAUUACUCUGUGAAUAAAAUUGAGAUAGUUUGGGCAGAGCUUAAAUAUCAUGCACACAUGUAGGAUCCUGAGGGGAGCACACUACUUCUCCUGAAUGCUAAUGAUGUUUCUGGAAGGAAUUGGGUUUUGUGAGUCCUUUGCACUUUGAUCACUGUGGAUCUUUGAACUUCCUGGUUAUGAAGAAGUCUACACCUGGUAAAUAUUUUUGGCAUCCCUCACAGAGAAAUUGAAUUUAUCAUUCCUUCAAGUUUUCUCAAGUCUGUCAAGUGAGAUGACAGAGUCCAUAAAGGACUGCCCAGCACUUAACCUUGCAGAGAAUUCUGUGCUGUGCAAACUCUCUGUCCUGGUUUAGGGGAAAUGUGAGAGGAAACCUCCAAAGGGAUCCCUCUGGAAAGCAAAUUCAAGCAGCCCUGCCCCGCACCGGUUCAGGAGACAUAAACCUCCUUUGAGAAAAGUGGAAAAAACUGUUUAUUUAACAAGCAAAGUACUCACAAACACAAUAAUAAUAAACAAUAGAACCUCUCGCUGUUUUGAAGAGAUGGCAAAUUCAAAGAGUUCUUGUCAUGGACUCUCAGCUUACUCAGCCUCUUAUCAGUCCCUCUAGUGCAGCAAUGCUGUGUCCCAGGCUCCAGCGGGCCACAGGUGUGAGCUCCCAGUCUUUUUCUGGGUUUUCGGUCCAGAGGAGGUUUGAACAGUUCCAAGAAAAAUUAAAAAACCUCACAGUCCAGGGAACUUCUCUGCCUCAGCUAGCUAAAAACACAACUAACAAAAAAGUAAAGGAGAGCUCUUUCCUGCUGUCUGUCCAUGCUGCAGACAGCACAGUCCAGGAGCUGGAUGUGGGGGAGCAAGUGCAGUCCCUGAUGACAAACUCUGCACUUCUUCUCUCACCCCUUCGCUCUCAGAACCAGUCUUACAGGUGCAGAACUUAAUGUCCAGCAUAAACAGAACAAAGAAUUGGGGAUACAAGCACCAUAAAGACAUCCUAGGAUGCUCUCAUUAUCCCAGAAGGUACCAAAUCUCCAGACUCUGCUUAUUUGGUCACAAACCAGAGCGAGUUGGUGACAGCAGUGGAGGAUCACUUCUGGGAGGUGUUGGAAAGGCAGAUGAUCACGAGUACUGCCCCAUCUGUUGAUGCUAAGGGCACAGAGGUGAGGUCUGACUGAGUGGCCUGCAGGGUGCCACUGCAUGGGGAGGAUCCUUAGCACUGCUCAUUUUUUGCAUUGUUCCAUGUCCCCAGCCAGUGCCAUUCACCAGUUCAGUGGUGCCAUCCUACAUGUCUCCAUUUCUAGAGGGUGUGCUGGUGAGAAUGGUUGGACUGACAGCUUUUGCACACUAUUUCAGGAGCAAAUGGAAGAAACAGCAGGCAUUUACAGGAAGAACUUAUAAAUAAACACAAAAUUUAGGCAGGUUUAGGAAAAAAUUAAAUAAAUUUAAUACAUUUUUCUAGUCUGCUCACUAGUUUACAAGUCCCUGGAGAUUGGUAGCUUUUCUGGCUUGAAAUGGAUGGAUGUCAUUCUUAUAGUGCAUAAUUUACCUUUUGUAGAAAGACAAACUUUCAGUCUCUCUCCUUAUUGAUGCUGAUUAGGUCCUUAUUUUUUUACUACUCAUUUAUCAGAACUAUUUUUGGAAAGCUGGAUUUUUGGCAAGGACACCAUCAGCUUCUUACUUCCCUGUGAAUUGGAUUAUUGCCUCUAGCUGGGCUCUGUGGAAAUGCUGACUUUCCUGUUCUCAUUUUUUACUAGACAGUCUGAUACAUUUGGGUUUAUACUGUCUUCACAGAACACCCACCCUGGCCUUUUGUGCUCAUCUCAGCAGACCCACCACAUCCUCUCAUCCCUAAAUUGCAAUUUCAGAAUUUUUUGAAGUGUUAGGAUCUUCCUUGAACCCCGGCUUGCUCCUGUUAAGUGCUGAAGACAUUUUUCCCAGAGUUAUGCUUGUGAUUUCAUGAAGCUGAGGAUGUACUACAAAAGCUGUUGUGCUGGCCAAAAGCCAUCCUCUCCAUAGUGGUGCAGACUGUUCAUUGGUGUUCUCAGCAGCCCAGUUUGUUCUUUCCCAGCCAGUUCGCAGCCAAUUCCAGUUUAGCUCAGAAUUAGACACAAGUGUACAUUUAAAUGCAGGGUAAAGUGAAAGUCUUUCACUCAACCUUUGUGCUGAACCUGGACCAGCCAUCUUCCUUUCUUGACAUCCAAUUUGGGCACAGACUACUCAAAAUAUUCCUGCACUGAGGUGCAAAGAAGAGGGGGAGUAGCUCCUCAGAUAAAUUUCAUAAAGAAAUUCUUUCUUACAGUGGCUGUUGGCUGGUUUUAAAGCAGAAAGGUUUAAAACUUUACCACAUUUUCCAAAGUGGUAUUCAUCUCAGCUAGGUGGAGACACUAAUGAAAGCAGUAAGUGAGACCCAUGGCCACCUGAGGUCACUUCUGCAGCUGGUGGAGGUAGGCAGGAUUGCCAGAGGGUCCAGGUCUUUCCCUGCUGACUGCAGAGAGCCUAGAGUGGCCAAGGUUAGGUGGGGAGAGUCUUGGCCUGAGACAUGGUCACAUCAGUUGGUGAAGGGCUGACAGAAAGCUUUGGAUGGAGCUAAGGGAAAAACAUGUGAGUUUAUGACAAUAAGGGGCAGGCAACUUAGGAGGAACUCUAAGAUGUUGUGAGGUUAUACAGGGAGAAAAUGAAAAAGGUCAAAUCCCAAAUAAAACUGAUUCUGGUUACUGUUGUAAAAUAUGUUUCUAUAAAUUCGUCAUCAAGAGAAGGAAGGCUAAAGAGAAUGUUUGUCUUGGUGACAAAGAAUGAAGUAAAGACCUCAAGUACUUAAUCCCUUCUUUCCUCAGGCUUUAGCAGUAAGACCAGCUGUUCCCAGGUACCCAGCCCUCUGAGGUGCAGGACAGGAGCAGGGAGCAGAAUGAAGCCCCAGGUCCAAGGGUGGAUGGUCAGUGACCUCCUCAUCACCCAGACACACACAGGUGUGUGAGGCCCAUUGGGCUCCACCCAGGGGCACUGAGGGAGCUGGAGGAAGAGCUCACCAGGGCACUCCCCACCAUUUACCAGCAGCCCUGGCUAACUGUGAGUCAACUUCUAACCUGCAGUCAACUGUAAGGAGGGUCUGGAGAACUACAGGCCUGUCAGCCUAACCUCAGUACUCGGAAAGGUUAGGGAGCAGAUCCUCUUUGAGUGUCAUCACGGGACACAUGAACAACAAUGGGGAUCAGGACCAGCCGGGAUGGGUUUGUGAAAAGCACGUCCUGCUCGACCAGCCUGAUCUCCUUCUGUGACAAGGUGACCUGCUUAACAGCUGAGGGAAAGGCUGUUGUCUGUGUUGACUGUGUUGUGGUGAAUGAGGUACACACCCAGUUGGUGGCCAGUCACUGGUGAUGUCCCCAGGGCUCAGUGUUGGGGCUGCUCCUGUUUAACACAUUCUCUGAUGAUCUGGAUGAGGGUACAGAGUGCACCCUUGGUCAGUUUGGGGAUGAUAUCAAGCUGAGUGGGAGUGUUGAUCUGCUGAAAGGCAGGAAAGCUCUGCAGAAGGAUCUCAACAGGCUGCAUCAAUGGGCUGAAGCCAAUUGUGUGAGGUUCAACAAGGAAAAAAUCUGGGUCCUACACCUGGGUCAGAACAACCCAUGCAGCCCUACAGCCAUUCAGGCAGCCUCAGAGGUAGGGAUUAGGCACCAGGCAAGUUUUUGCAUUGCAUCUGAGUAUUCUGUUCUGUGCCACUUGAAGCAUGUGCCAAAAUCCAGCUGAGCUGAGCAUCAGCAAGGCAAAGGGUUGUAGGUAGAUCGCACAAAUAGUAUGAGAAAAUCUCUCCUAAUUUGUUGCAAAUUCAUACCUUUUGGUUUUUCAUCCUUUCUAUGCCUCUGAUUUCAUAGAUUAUUUUUUUUUUAUGUUUUUGGUGCAAAACGUAAAAUCACGAAACUUUCAAAUCAUCAGAAAAAUAUAAUUGGCAGAAAUGUUUUCUAAAUGCAAAUUGAACAUCUUCUUUUUGAUCGUGGGCUAUGCCAAAGCUCUAACAUACAUCUUUGAUCUUAUGGCAGUGUCUGGAGAAAUUAUGGUACUCUAAUAUGGAAUAAUAGAUUCUCAUCAAGACUUCUAGCUUUAGGAAAUUGUUUAAUCUCCAUUCUCAGCGGCUGUUUCUUUGAUGCAGCUGUGGCUGAAGGGUCCCAAGUGCUGGAAAAACAGCUCACCAGCUCAGAACAAAGCUGAUUAUGUAAAUUGUGCAUUAAGAUUCAGUUUCAAUUUAAUUUUAUUCUGUAAAUAAAUAUCCCAUUAACAUCCAUCUGUUAAAAGUCAGGUAAAACAUUUUCAAAACCUCCAUUGCUAUGACAGAUGUGACUGUACCAUAAAUAGUAAUGGUGUGGUGGUAUGAGGAUGUCAAAGUAUAAACUGUGAAGCACGUUUUAAGAAGUAAUGAAGGUGAUAACAUUUAAUUAUAACAAAAGAGACCUUGUCUGAUUGAGACAGACAGGGCUUCCAUUUGUGUUGUUCUGUUUGCAUUAUGCAAAAUGCUUUCUCUGAUCGCCAUCUCC